GAAGAGGAGAUGAAGGAAGAAGAGAACAAGAAAGGGCUGCAACGUGAGAAGGCACGCCUGAACCCGAUGAUUGGAUGGGCACUUCAGCUGGUCUCAGAAGAGAUGAUGUUGCAGGAGGAAGCUUUGGACGUGAAAGAACGUAAAAGCUUUGUUAAGGCGAUCUUUACUCUCCUUGCGUAUAUAGUUCUCCUUUGUAGCAUCCUAAGUAGGUCAGCAUUACAAAAACAGUUACGGUUAAAACAUUAUUUUGGUAAAGCUGCUUUGUUGUUACUAUGGAACUCGGGUGAUAUAGAAAAACACCCAGGGCCGCCGUUGAAUGACAUGAAAACCAUUCGCGAGUUAGUAACUAGGCUUGUGAAAGAGGUACAAGGAAAGAAAGUAGUUGACUGGGCUACUGCGCCACCUGGCUGGGAUGAGAACGUAGUAUCAUUUCAGGAUAUUAACAAAAUAAGAGACUCUGACAAUGAAGAGAAGUAUGCUAUGCUUUAUGAAGCACUCUAUGCAUGUAUCGAACUGUCCGGUCACGUUCCUGAUUGGUGCGUUGAAGAGAUGACGUAUGUGGAAACCGGAAAUGCAACAGAGCUUCACAAGAGUCAAACAUUGAGGAAAGUAAGUGAACUUCUUGGACAACAUAGUCCCGCCGACCGUGAGGAUAUAAUGAGGAGAGUCAGAUACCCACGCCAGGGCGGAAAUGUUCCUGCUCAAGCCGUUAGAACAACCAAUAGAAAUCAACAGAGCAGACAGCGUAAGUGUCCAUUUAACGUACCCGGCUACCGACCAAUAUCGGCAAUAAAAGAGUCUGGUACAGCUAGAAAAAUUGCAGAGGGAUGCAUCGCGCAAUCAAAAAAUGCAGGAAAAUAUCAAUCUGGAAAUCAUCAGACAAUAACAAAGAAACGUUCAGCGACAACAACCACCGUACAACCUGCACCCAAACAGGCCCGUACAUCAGCAGUGAACACAAGCACACGACAAGCGACAUCAACCAUUGUCCGACCAAACACAGCAUCAGCAGCCAUUUCGAUUGCGACAUCAACACAGCCUGCGCUCAUAGUGAGUUUAGACAGUCAAUCAGCAACACCAACCAUCGUCACGACCUCAACAUCUGUUGCCACUAAUACAGGAGCAAGCUUACAGAUAGCACAGAAUUUGGUCGUGGCGUCUUCUAACGUGUCCCAAAUAGGACGAUCCGGUCAACCCACAACACAACUUGCACAGAACACAGGUCCAUCCAGAACAAAUAAUGGAUUUGGAUUGAUAAAUCUGAUUUGCGCCCAACCUGUUGCCAGCGCAACAGCAUCAAGUAAAAGACUCCCCGCAACUUCAACUAUUGUCAGACCGACAUCAUCCACAGAUUCGGCUGUGGUAACUGCGUGUUAUACGGGAUCCCAUUCAUCAACAUUCUGUACAUCACGGGCGUCAAACAACAUCUCAACAGGGACUCUGCCUUCUACAGUACAAGUCAGCCAACAUCUAAACCAGGAUGGACAACAGUCAAACGACACCUCUACCGGAACUCAACCUAAUGCAGCAAAGAACAGGCAACAACCAAAUCAUGGUGGUCAACCGUCAAACCUGAUACGAUUGCCGUCAGACGACCUGGGAGACUUGGGUUUUCAUCGAAUGUUGAUCUUGAUCAGUUUAUCAAGCAAAUCAUGAAGGAUGGUAAAAUGUAGAAAGAUGAUUGCAUAUUAAGAUAGGAAAAUCUUUAGGGAUAGAUAGAUGCAUAUCGACUCAUCAGUUCAUUUUUCAGUGUUUUUUUUAUUUGAAAUGAAAACUGACAGAAACGUUUUAGAGUGUGUCCAUUUCAUAAUAUGCCAUUUUUUAAUUAAAAAACUGCAAAAACUUUACACGUUAUGUUGGAAUUGAAUGUGUAUUAUGCAUUUUGUCAACCAAUAUUAUUAAUAUUCAAAAUAACACCAACAUUUGCAGCCAAUAUUUUUUGGUAUGAUGUUGGUAUAACCACACAUAAUACAGUUGUAUGUUGGAGUUUGUUUUUCCGCGUGUAGUGAAGUAUAAUAAAUGAAUUGACAAUGUAUUUCAAUGUUUAGUUAUUUUACCUUUUUACGUUUUUGUAAUGUUGUUUUUUGUAUCAUGUGAUGAGAAUAAAAGACCAAUAUGAAUACAUUUGUUCGGGCCAUGAUAUACAUGACGAUUGUAGAAAGUCCAAGAAACGUAUGGAAUCAUAUCGAAUACAACUUAGUAUGCCUACGGUGUCUUUAAAGGUGAAUCGUUAUUUUUAUAUAAUGUCAUCUAUACUGUAUAACGUUUGCUUGCCUGAUUAUAAAUGAUGUAAGAACAUAUUUUUAUUUAAUCAAUAGAAUCAUGCAUUAUCACAAAUCAAUGUGUCGCUUUGCAUUUUAGGUUUUGCAAUCAAUGUCACUAAAUGAGAUUAAAGAUAAAACAUGAUAUUUUUCUUUGAUUGGUACUAUUGGGUAUUAACUUUAAUUAAAUGAAUUAGUGUUUUUAUGAUUUCUUUGUAAUUUAUUUAAAAUACCAACAAUUAGACAAAAUAAAAUACAACACAGUUUUUUGAAUAAGUGUCCUAUUUUUGCUAUAGAUGCAAUUUCAAAAAUAUAAUACUGUAUUUUCAAUAACAAAACGUAUUGUCCGUUGUAUAAAGAGUUUCAAAUGUUCAAACUUUUCCGAUAAGAACAAAUAUUAAAACUAUAUUUAUAUACGAUUUUUUUCAUUUAAUAAGAUCCCUUUUGGGAACCCACAGUUGGGUUUCCCCCUGUGGGCCCCUGCUUCAGAGUGAAUGGAGGAUUCCUAUUGGUCGAAAGGUCAAAGGCUAAAGGGCCCCCUGGCUUCUUGUACGUUGACCCCAAUCCUUAAACCCACAGCCUUUAGAUCCGCCAUUUUUAUAAAGCACAGAAAUAUCAAUAAAACGAAGAAAAGGAAGUACUAAUUUUUGAUUAGACUUCAAAAUCUUCAUAAAACCCCACCCUCCUUCCCUUAUUCAGCACAGAAAGCAAGAUUUGGAUGUUAACCAAUACUGUAGGUUCUAAAUUGCAUUGUGUAUUAGUUUUAUUAUAAGUUAGAGGAGUUAAUAAUUAUGUAUCUUUUCACUGGCUAAAGAAGAGUGUUUUAUAUACAAAAUUAGGUAAGAAAAGGCUAAGGAUUGUUGAAAUUUUCCAUGUUUUAGUCAUUAUCUAUGUUAUUUAAGUUUUACCAGUCAAUGUUUCAUGUUAUCUAUGUCAUACAUUCAGUUCUAAUAGUCGGAAUUCAUGUUCAAAUUUCAACUUCAUCAUAUUUAUUUAAUAUAUACUGAACACUUUGUGAUAGAUAUUAUGUAUCGAGAAUCAGACGCCAUUCACCAAGAGUUUGUUUUUAUGAUCUAAGGCAUUGUGACCAGGGAUAUUUCCCUAUUAAUGGUUAAAGCUGUGGGCAUAUAUAUAUAUUGUUAAAAAAAUAUAUGUAACUAGGGGCACGAUCAGAGGUGAGACAGCACUGCCAGCGGGUCAGAGCCUAGGAAAAUCUACCACCCCCUUCCCAUAGGGAAGUAAGGGUUGGGUAGCCUGCUUUCCAGCAUAUUCUGAUCUAUCUUUGGUGACUUUUGAGUCUGCUUCUUUAAUUAGACGGUUUUAGUUUUAUUUAGCAGCGGUUUUAAUUGGCCGCACCUUUACAAAAGGGUAUUUCAUUUCGAAUAUAAAAGUCAAAAGAAAACAAAAUUAGGAAAGAGAAAUCAUUUCAAAAAAUAAUCAAAAGAAAAAAACAAAACAAAUAAUUUAAUAAAUUCGGCGGCCCAGUUUUUUGGGUGAGCUAUUUACGCC